GCUCUCUCAUACUACCACACUCUCAGAGCGCAGCAGAAAGCCACAAUGGGGUGGAAUCCGUCACACGAGUUGAUUGUCUUUCUCGUCAUCUGCGGAUGCGUGGUGUUUGUCUUCAUAGGAUACGCCCUGGCUCGACUGUACGGAGGCGACACCUUCGACGGGCCUGGACUGCCGGGGAUGACGCCGGAGCAGGCCUCAUACAUGCGAGACGUCCGACUAUGGAACCGUGAGGAUAUGUUUCAUGCUCUGCAGGGCAUGGAAAAGGGGCAUCGGGGGGUAAGGGAUGUCUAGAGUUCUCCAAGGACUGGAACGCGAACAGCUCUCAUCACGCCAGACACGAUAUCGCCGGACGAUUACGAACAUCACGAACACGAAUUCUACUGAGGCCCUCUCUUUGCGUUACUGGAGAGAGAUAAACUGACACGAUACAUUGAGUUACGAUGACGGAUUGGAAAUGAACAUGUGGAGGCAGGGUUGGUUCAUAACGUGCAUUCUUUCUUGGGUCGGCUUUUCGAUUGGAGUAUUGGAGUCUAUAGAAAUGUACGCACGCAGCCAGGGACUGGUUUUGGCUUCAAAUACAUCAUAUCUAC